UGUAACCACAAUAGCCGUAACUGACUCUUACUUUAAAGAACAGAAUUAAAAAUAGUAUUCAAGAACAACAUGUCAACUAAGAAAGAGUUAGCUACUCAGAUAAGGUCACUUUUAAAUACUUUACCUAAGGAAAGAUUAAAUUACUAUCUGUCAUUUAAAGAUGUACAAUUAGAGAGAUUUGAAAAUGAAAAGUUCCUUCAAGACAUUGGGGAAAGAGACUUGAAGUUGCAAUAUGAUGCCUUGAGAGAUCUUGUCAAUGAUAAAUACAGAAAUUAUUAUAAGUUAGAUGAUAAAUUAUUAAAGCCAAAGGGUAAUCCUGAUUACUACUCUCGUCUUUUGGGAAAUAUCAAGGGAGAAAGAAAAGAGACUUUGUUCGAUGCAGCUAGAACUGUUAUAUUUGGGAAGUAAACAUUCAUGUAAAUAUAAAUCAUUUACUAUUAGCCUCAUAUAUGUAUAUUUUUACUAUAACAAUUAUUACUAUUAUUACUUACUGCAAACUAAUAUGUUGAUUCCAGUAUAUAUGUAAUAAUUAUUACGACCCACUCACUAUUUAUUCACUUCUGUUAUGUAUAUAAUUUUAACACACAUUUCAAUACUUCAAUAUUUUUGUAAACUGUAGUUCAAUCACAGUAUAUAUCUAUACCAUAAAUGUGAUAUACUGAACUAAGUCAUUGAUAAAAAAAACCCGGGGUUCUAAAACUAAACCCCAAAACCCAUUGCCGAUAUGAAAUUUUUCAUCGGGUUUGUUUUUCGCAUCAAGAUGGGUCGCAAAGCGACAAAAAUUGUACCUACGUGGUCGAAAGUUUAUUACAGUUAGAUUAUAAAACGUUGUGUAUAUUGGAACCUAUUUUAUAGGGAUUCAAGUCAUAAG